AUGAGAGACUGUAUAUCAAUAGACACCCCUGUAGCUAAAGGUGAAAAUUUAAGCCUUGAAACAUGUCCCAAAACUCAAAGUGAAAAAGACGCCAUGAAGAGGGUCCCAUAUUCAAGUGCAAUUGGGAGUUUAAUGUAUGCAAUGUUGUACACGUCCCGAUAUUUGUUAUGCAGUGGUCUUGUUAGUCGUUAUCAAUCUAAUCCAGGACAAACACAUUGGAAAGUUGUUAAGAGAAUUUUAAGAUACUUAAGGGGCACUGUUGAUUACAAAUUAUGUUAUCAAGGAAGUGACUUACAGUUGGUGGGCUACUCUGAUGCUGACUGGGGUGGAGACUUAGAUGAAAGAAAGUCCACUUCUGGUUAUGUUUUUUUGCUUAACAAUGGUACUAUUUCAUGGAGUAGCAAGAAACAAACAUGUAUAACUUUAUCAACUAUGGAAGCAGAGUUCAUUGCAUGCUAUACAUCAAUACAAGAAGUUGUAUGGCUAAAAAGGUUCAUGGAGCACUUAGGGAUCAUUGCCAAGCCAAUAGAUGCAGUGCAAAUUUUUUGUGAUAGCCAAGCAGCAAUGACAUACACUAAAGGCCCUAAGUAUCAUAGUAAGACUAAGCACAUAGAUACAUAG